UCUGCUAGCAUAGAAUGAACCGGUUUAAGUGUUGAAGGGAGAUAACUACUAAUAACUAAACCAGAAGUUUAGAUAACAGUUACCAGUCGUUUAAAAAAGCAAGUAUGCUCUACAAGAAAUCUAUUUUGUGGGCAGUUGUUUUCUUGAUGCUGUUAAGUGUUAUAUUAAUGAACUAUUUUGUGGAUAUUUCUUUAAUUGACUUCAAAGGAUGGAAAAAUGUGUUUAAAAAUAUUACAAUAUUUGAAAAAUUGUUAGAAGUUUUGGAUAUUUCAUGUGUAAACACUGCCUUUGUUAUAUGUGUGAAUUUCUCAACAUCGGAAAUGGUAGACAAAGAUGGUGAAGAUUUUAUUUCACGAAAAUACUCAACUAGUUUCAAUAUGCAUCUCAACAAUGUUCAUAAUGUGUCUGCUACUUUUAAUCGUACAAGUAUUCAAAAUAGAAGAGAUUUAAUUCACGAUUUCCAUUAUAAACCUUGUAUUCUAAACUCAAGCCAUAUAAAUCUAUCAAGUAAUACUACAUGUAAUAAUACAAUUCUAAACAUAGAUGAAUUAUUUCGUUUAAAUAACAAAAAAUCAUCUUCGUCUUUAAUCGAAAUAAGUGUAGUCAAUAUGCCAAGUUGGUUAAAAUCAUCGUUUACACCAAGCCCUCGGUGUGCUGUGGGUAGGUGCCGGUUUAAGGACGGUGGCGUGUCUAACGAGACCGACGUUGUCAUGGUGAUGGGUGUUAGACUACAGGACCAGCAUAAGCCGCCAGUCAGAUGGCCGGGUCAGCUCUACGUGAUGUUUGCCCAUGAGUCGCCAGUACACUACCAGAAAAGUUCUCUACAGAAAGCCUCUUCCCCAUGGAGAUACGCCUUCAACAUGACCCACACCUAUACACAAGAUUCCGAUGUCUUUUGGCCAGUGAACCAGCUAAGAUUUGAGUACACGCCACACUUACAGAAACCUAAUUACAGUGAGAUUUUUAAAAUGAAAAACAGAACAGCCGUGUGGAUUGUCAGUCACUGUAGCACACACAAAUACGUCAAAGAAAUGCAAAAAUACAUUGAUGUGGAAUUCUUUGGGUCAUGUGCUAAAAGACUAGUGUGCCCUGACAUAAAUGACACCGGAUGCCUGGAUAAAAUUUUCAACACCUACAAGUUUUACCUGGGAUUUGAGAACUCUGUCUGUGUGGACUACGUCACGGAGAAGUUCUUCAACGCGUUCACCCCCGGCCGUCACGUGGUUCCCGUCGUCAUGGGUGGGGCAGACUAUGACUGUCUGCUGCCCAACGGUUCUUUCAUCAACACGGGCUGGUUCCAGACGGCGAGGGACCUGGCGAUGUAUCUAAAGGUCAUAGGUCAGGACGAGGCGACCUAUACCCGGUAUCUGAAGGUCAAGGACAUGUACAGGCCCACGGGGUCACAAGGUGCGCUGUGUUUGAUGUGUGACGCCCUGUUUGGGGAUAUUAAACCGAAGGUGUACGACAUGCAUGCAUGGUUAACCGGACAAUGCCGGUGA